AUGAAUUCUCUUUCAUUAAAUGGUAACCCAGAAUCUAUUUCAUCUAGUAGCUUAGAAUCAUCAAUAUCAAGUGAUACUGAUUCUAUAUCACAAAGUAUAGAACCUAUAUUAGCAGGUGGCAGUUCAUCUCCUGCUUCAUCAAGUACCAGUGCUUCAUACUCUAUUACAUCAUCAGAUAGUGAACUAAAUGUUCCAUCAAGUGGUAGUACAUCUAUUUCAUCAAGUAGUAGUUCAUCUGUUUCAUCAAGCAGUAUAUCACCCUCUUCACCAAAAAUAAGUAGCACAGAACCUGUUUCAUCAAGUGGCACAGAAUCUAUUUCAUCAAGUGAUAAUUCAGGGCCAGCUUCAUCAAGUGGGGAUACAUCUGAUUCAUCAAGUGGAAGUGCAUCUGAUUCAUCAAGCAAUAUAUCACCUUCUUCAACAAUAGGCAGCACAGAACCUGUUUCGCCUAGUAGCACUUCAAGUGGUAACACCGAACCUGUUUCAUCAAGUGGUAGUGCAUCACUUGUUUCAUCGAGUAGUUUAGAGUCAUCUGAAACUAGUGGUAGUGUAGAAUCUAUUUCAUCAAGUAGUAUAGCAAGUAGUGUAGAAUCUGUUACACCAAAUAGUGCAGUUUCAUCAAGUAGUACAUCACAAUCUUCAUCA